AUGCCCGUCCAGCCCUCCGACCCCCUGGAAUGGAAUGAGUCUAUGCACUCCCUCCGGAUCAGCGUGGGGGGCCUUCCCGUGCUGGCGUCCAUGACCAAGGCCGCAGACCCCCGCUUCCGCCCCCGCUGGAGGGUGAUCCUGCCAUCCUUCCUGGGUGCCGCCGUCCUCUGGCUGCUCUACGCCCACCGCCCUCCUCCUGGCCGGCCCCCCAUGCCCAAUGCCCACAACUGGAGGCUCGGCCAGGCAUCCGCCGACCGGUACAAUGACACCUACCCCCUAUCAGCCCCCCAGAGGACACCGGGCGGGACUCGGUACAGAAUCGCUGUCAUUGCCGACCUGGACACGGAGUCAAGGGCCCAAGAGGAGAACACCUGGGUCAGUUACCUGAAGAAGGGCUAUCUGACCCUGUCAGACAGUGGGGACAGGGUGGCCGUGGAGUGGGACCAAGGCCACGAGGUGCUGGAGUCCCACCUGGCGGAAAAGGGGAGGGGCAUGGAGCUGUCGGAUCUGAUUGUUUUCAAUGGGAAGCUCUACUCCGUGGAUGACCGGACAGGCGUCGUCUACCAGAUCGAGGGCUCCAAGGCCGUGCCCUGGGUGAUCCUGUCCGACGGCGACGGAACCGUGGGGAAAGGCUUCAAAGCCGAGUGGCUGGCUGUGAAGGACGAGCAUCUGUAUGUGGGCGGCCUGGGCAAGGAAUGGACCACCGCCACGGGGGAGGUGCUGAACGAGAACCCGGAGUGGGUGAAGGUGGUGGGCUGCAGGGGCAGCGUGGACCACGAGAACUGGGUGUCCAGCUACAACGCCCUGCGGGCUGCUGCUGGGAUCCGGCCACCAGGCUACCUCAUCCACGAGUCCGCCUGCUGGAGCGACACGCUGCAGCGCUGGUUCUUCCUGCCGCGCCGCGCCAGCCACGAGCGCUACGGCGAGGAGGAUGACGAGCGCAGGGGCACCAACCUGCUGCUGAGUGCCGCGCAGGACUUCGGCGACAUCUCCGUCCGCCACGUGGGGGAGGUGGUCCCCACGCACGGCUUCUCCUCCUUCAAGUUCAUCCCCAACACCGAUGACCAGAUCAUCGUGGCCCUCAAGUCCGAGGAGGACGGCGGCCAGAUCGCCACCUAUAUCAUGGCCUUCACGCUCGACGGACGCUUCCUCCUGCCCGAGACCAAGAUCGGAAGUGUGAAGUACGAGGGCAUAGAGUUCAUUUAA